AAAUAAGUGUCGGCGCUUUCGCUUUCCCCACUCCUACUCACAUUAUAAGCAAAGUCUUUCCACUCUCCCUCGUGACUUCUCGUCCCCCCCUUAAUCUAAUAUAUAAAAACCAGGCAUUAAAGCAAAAGACCCAGACACCCCAAAUCCUAUUCCUCAAAACAAACCACAUGAAAUUCCAUUAUGUUCUUCUUUCUCUUCUUCACCAUCAUCAUCGUCAGCAGUUUUUUCUUUUCGUUUCCCUUGUUUUUUCCCCUUUGGUUCGUUGCGGUCACCAUGAUUACUCCGAUGCAUUGUCGAAAUCGAUUCUGUUUUUCGAGGGGCAGCGUUCUGGUGUUCUGCCCCGGGACCAACGUAUGAAAUGGAGGGAGGAUUCGGGAUUGAGCGAUGGCCGUUCCAUGUACAACAUGGACUUAACUGGCGGAUAUUUCGACGCCGGCGACAAUGUUAAGUUCGGUUUCCCGAUGGCUUUCACGACGACGAUGUUGGCUUGGAGCGUGAUUGAGUUUGGAGAAUUAAUGCCGCCAAGUGAACUUAGAAAUGCCCUUGUGGCCAUCCGUUGGGGUACUGAUUAUUUGCUUAAAACUGUCUCUCAGCCUAACCGGAUUUUCGUUCAGGUUGGAGAUCCAUAUAAGGACCAUAACUGUUGGGAAAGACCCGAAGAUAUGGAUACUGCGAGGACGGUUUAUGCAGUGGAUGCACCGAACCCGGCUUCCGAAGUGGCGGCAGAGACGGCGGCCGCUCUUGCAGCUUCAUCCAUGGCGUUCAGAUCAGUGGACCCAGGGUAUGCCCAGACAUUGUUACGGAAUUCUGUUCGGGUUUUUCAAUAUGCUGACAACUUUAGAGGUGCUUAUAGUGACAAUUCUAAUGUUCGAGACGGUGCCUGCCCAUUUUACUGCGAUUUUAGCGGCUAUCAAGUAAGUGAAAAAUUAACUAAACUCAGUGGCGGCCCGCUGGCAGUUGCCGGCCACCCUAACAUGGAAAAUAAAACUUUUAUAAUUUAUAAAAUUUUUAAUCAGGAUGAAUUACUAUGGGGAGCAGCAUGGUUAAGGAGGGCCUCGCAAGACAACUCUUACCUUAAUUACAUCGAAAUCAAUGGCAAAACCCUUGGUGCCGAUGACAACAUCAAUGAAUUUGGAUGGGACAAUAAGCAUGCUGGUCUAAACGUUCUUGUCUCCAAGGAAGCUUUAGAAGGAAACAUGUACUCCCUGCAAUCAUACAAGGUGUCAGCAGAUAGCUUUAUGUGCACACUAAUCCCCGAUUCAUCGUCGUCCCACAUCGACUACACUCCCGGCGGCCUCAUCUACAAGCCCGGAGGCAGCAACUUGCAGCAUGCGACCACGAUUUCGUUCCUUCUGCUCGUUUACGCUAAUUACCUCGAUCGUACUUCACAAACAGUCAACUGCGGUAACCUAAUUGCCUCCCCGUUAUCUCUUCGAACUAUAGCAAAGAACCAAGCCGAUUACAUUUUAGGUGAUAACCCAAAGGGGUUAUCGUACAUGGUUGGUUACGGAAACCGAUUCCCGCAACGGAUUCAUCACCGAGGGUCGUCUUUACCGUCGGUGAAAGAUCAUCCUCAGUUUAUAGCUUGCAAGGAAGGUUCCACUUAUUUUAAUUCAACUAAUCCUAACCCAAAUGUUUUGGUUGGUGCAAUUGUUGGAGGGCCUGGAGAAGAUGAUGUUUAUGAUGAUGACAGAGCUGAUUUUAGGAAAUCAGAGCCUACUACUUACAUUAAUGCACCCUUCGUGGGUGUAUUAGCCUAUUUUGCAGCUAAUCCCAACUAGCUUAACCCCAAACUCUAAAAGCAUAAUCACUGGUUUCCCCUUUUUAUUAAAAUCCCUUUGUUUUUGGGGGCUUUUGAUAGUGAGAAAAGAAGGUUUUUCUCACCUGGAGUGUGAGCAAAGGAGGGAAGAGAGCAGUAGUUGUUGAUUUUUUUUAGGGAUAAAUUUGAAAAUUAUAUAUCAAUUUUGAUUUAACGUAAUUGUAUAUAUAAAUUUUAAUUUGGUGCGUAAUUAUACAGAUGAAAUUUUAAUUGUAAUUUAAAUGUAUAUUUGAAACUUUAAUUUUGAAUUAAUAAUUAGACCAAUUUUAGAGAAAGAAGGCAAAAA